AUGUCAUUCGGCAUAUCCCCCGCCAACACUUCCUACCCUGGCUCAUUGGGAAAGGUUCUGAGCGGCAAAUAUUUGGGACGUGACCUCAGCAACACUGCGACGAACAUAACCCACUAA